AAUAAAGCUUAAUAAUUUAGUAUUUUAUAAGAUGUGCAAACAUAUACUCAACGCUCAGGUUUCGAUUCGUGCGCAAUGCUGUCAACGUUGGUUUGAUUGUGCCGAUUGCCACGCGGAAGUAUCAGAUCAUCAACUAAGUAAAACUCUCGAGAUGGUCUUUGCUUGCAAAAAAUGCAAAAAAUGUUUCCGCAAGGAUAUGGAAAACUUUGAUGAAACUGAUGAAUAUUGCCCUCAUUGUGAUAAUCAUUAUGUGUUGGAUGCAAAGACUCCGUCAUUCGGAAUUGGAGUCGAGGGUGAAGAUCCAAGGAAGGAUAACAGAAUGAUUAAGGAUGAACGUUUAAAACAAGAUCCUAACAAGAGUAUUUUCAAUCAAGACUUUUCAUAUAAAAUGGGUUAAAUAAUUAACUACAUAAUUUGUAAUUCUUUUUUUUAUAUAAUACAUAUUGCCUUUAGAUAUACUAAUUUAUUAAUUUGUUAAUUUAUUGAAAUUAUAGAAGUAAAAACUGAGAUUAGAAAAAAUUAGAAAUUUAUUGUCAU